AUGUUCGUGUCGGAGGCACAGAGUGAUUGGGAUCGAUGGCUGCCGUGCGCGGCCUACUCCUACAAUGGUGCGAGGCAUUCAGGAACGGGGUACAGCCCCAACGAAUUGAUGCUGGCCCCGAAUGAGCUGUUGCGGGCGAGUGGCGUCACGCAGGUCGGCGUGUUCGCCGAGUAUCAUCGGGCGUUGGUGAGGAACAUGGCGACGGCAACGGAGGCGGUCAAGAAGGCGCUGGGCAAGGACCAGUUGAGGCGGGCUAGGUACUACGAUCGGCAGGUGCGGGCGCACAACGAGUUCGCGGUUGGCGACAGCGUGUGGGUGCUGCGACCACCUCGUGGCAAAGGAAUAACGAAACUGGCCCAUAAGUGGCUGGGCCCAGCUCGUAUUGUAGCAGACGCGGGCUUUGAUAAUUGGGAAGUGCUACGCGAGGACAAUGAUGAGCGGGUGAUCACGCACUGCAGCUUCUUGGUGAAGUGCAGUUGCCCGAGUGACUCACUGGGCGUGGUGGCGGAGCGCAUGCUUCGAGAACUGAGC